AUGGCCGGAAGUCCCCUCGCUCAUAUAUCUCAUUGUGUCCCUGACCCUAAAGCGACAAUUCUGCUCGUUCAUGGCGGUUUUUCAGAUAGCCACGAAUGGAACACUAUUUGGCCUCUUCUGAUUGCCGAACGCUACAACGUAUUGAUUCCUGAUCUUCCCGGCCAUGGACAAUCGCGCGAGGUCACUCCAUUCGAACUAGACGAUGCCGCCCGACUUCUCGCACAUUUGAUCCAAGACCAUACAUUAGAGCAACGAGCUCAUGUGGUUGCUAUGAGCAUUGGCGCCCACGUGGCUGCGACCCUAGCCGUGCAAUAUCCCGAACGAGUGCACAGCCUGAUCAUCUCGGGCUUCAACCUCUUCUCGCCCAAUCUCCUCUCGCCCGCUCUGCCAUACCUUGCGUACACUGUGCAACGCACGAGUAGCUUUCUCAAGGCUCCGACCGUGGAAUGGGGACAAUCUCGCAGCGAAGGGGUAUCCUUGGCUACCACGUGCGAUAUCUUUCGCAUACUUUUUUCAUCGCGAACCUUGGGCCCCAUAGUAGCCCGGUCUUGUGUGGUCGCUGCGACGAAACCUGGUCUCAGUGCAGAUAACGUCCAUCAUGCUCGCCGACUUUUUGAGACAAUUCAUUCCGACAGUGGUCGUCGGCUGGUGCAGCACCGUGGUAUGCAGCACCCAUGGAACGUGGAUGAACCGCAGCUCUUUGCAAAGAUGGUGAUUUGCUGGGUGCAAGGGGAGGAUUUACCAGAAGGCUUUGAGCCGAUCGCCUAA